AAGACGCAAUAUUCCCAAAAAUUGGAAAUCAUCUACUUACGGCAACGUUCACAUCACUCUACUAAAAUUGUAUACAUCACAGUCUCACUCUCGCGAGCAAGAACUAAGAAGCGAAGCAGCAGAUCAAGCAAAGGAGGAGAAGAAGAAGAAGAAUGGGUUUCACGAUGGGCCUGAACCUGCUCCUCCUCCUGGCCAUGGUGGCCACCAACAUCCUCUCCCUCUACCACCUCUCCUCCACCAUCCAGUCCAAGCCCCCCGCCCCUCCCCCCGUCCCCGACCACCUCAUCCACCAGCUCUCCACCAUCCGCGCCACCAUCAACCACCUCACCUCCCUCAGCCCCUCCAAGAAACCCCCCUCCGCCGCCGCCGCCGCCCCCGCCCCCUCCGAUCUACUCCUCUACACCCACUUCGCCCCCAUCGGCUCCUCCUGCAGGGACAACCCAAUCCUCCUCCACAGCUACAUGAACUACACCCCCUUCGCCCCCUGCCCCCGCGACGCCCCCUUAGCCGAGGAUCUCAUCCUCAGGGGCUGCCACCCCCUCCCCCGCCGCCGCUGCUUCUCCCCAACCCCUCCCGCCCCCGCGACCCCCCUCCCCGCCGAUCCCUUCUCCCCCCUCCCCGAGAAAACCGCCCUACUCAACCACCACACCUGCAAGACCUUCUCCUGCUUCGCGGGCCUCAAACCGGAGAUGGGAUUCGACAUGCGGGUCGAGAAAUCGAGGUAUUUAACUUACAGAACGGAUCUGGAUCUCCCAAUUUCUCAGCUCCUGCAGCUGGCGAAAUCCGCCAAGAGCGUAAUCAGGCUAGGGCUCGACAUCGGCGGCGGAACCGGAACCUUCGCAGCUCAGAUGAAGCUGCAGAAUGUGACCGUGGUGACCACCACCAUGAAUCUCGGCGCGCCGUACAAUGAGGCGGUGGCGGUUAGGGGGCUGGUGCCGCUUCAUGCGCCGCUGCAGCAGCGGCUGCCGGUGUUUGAUGGGACCCUGGAUCUCGUGCGCUGCGGCCACGCCGUGAACCGGUGGAUACCGGUGACGGCGAUGGAGUUCUUGUUUUUUGAUGUGGAUAGAGUGUUGAGAGGUGGGGGUUACUUGUUGUUGGACCAUUUUUUCAGUAAAAAAUUGGAUCUUGAGAAGGUUUACACGCCGUUGAUCGGGAAAUUGGGGUACAAGAAGGUGAAGUGGGCUGUGGCUAACAAGGGUGAUGCUAGUGGGAUCAAGAAUGGUGAGGUUUAUUUGACUGCCCUCUUGCAGAAGCCAUUGACUAGAUCAAGCUCCAAAUAAGGUUCUCCGUGCCAUCUUUUUGACUUCGUCUCCGGAUGUUGAAACCUUCCUCGAGGCUUCAGUGAUUGCGCAAGCAAAUCAACUGUACACCUCUCUUUCUCUCCUCUUUUGUUCUGAUUAGAUAUACAGCAGACAGUUCGAUUUGUCAGCAAAUUCAUCGUAGAUUCAGGCAACGAGAUAAGGCGAUUGUUGGAGCAAUUGUACUAGUUGGUAGUGUACAAGGUGCAUUUCUGAUAGAUUAGAACUUGUAUAUCUACAAAGACUGGAAGUGUGAGAGCUUGCAACCACAAAACCAACAAAUGUGCUAUUCUGAAUUAUAUAGGUUGACAGAAUAAGGGGUGCUUAUUUUCAGACAGUGUUAUCUCGGUUAUAUAUACAGCAUGUUUGCAAGAAAAACAGAAUUGAAACUUUUCAAUUUGUGUCAACUUUUGAUUAUUUUUUUCUUCCAGAUUUCUUGUAUUUUUAUUGAAGUUUUUUUUUUU